AUGGAAGGCACCGCCGACGGCGCCUUCAGCACGUAUUGGCAGAAAGCCAAUACAGACGGGCAAGUCGCCCACAUAUCCGAAGCAUUGAAUGCCACGCUUGACCCGCGAACCCCCAAUGAUAUCAGAAAGCAAGCCUUACAACAUCUUGAAGCAGUCAAGAACCAGCCAGAUGCGCCUCAACACGGAUUCACGCUCGCCGAUGACUGGAAGCAAAAUGACGCCAUCCGGUAUUACGGACUGCAACUUCUGGAGUUCGCAGUGAGGUAUCGUUGGCAUGAGUAUACAGAAGAGCAGGCGCAGCAAAUCCGAACAUGGGUGAAAUGCUUGGCGGGAAGUCUGCGAGAACAAGAUGCAGCAUAUCUGAGAAACAAGGUCGCGCAGCUGUGGGUCGAUGUUGCGAAGCGCUGCUGGGGAGACGGGGACUGGAUGGACAUGGACGCGCUCCUGCUCAAUCUCUGGGAACAAGACAAGGGCGUCGUCAACAAGAUCCUGGUGCUCUACAUCAUCGAAACCCUCAGCGAAGAGAUUAUGGGAAGUGGUGAAGAUGCUGUGGCUGGGCUGAGACUGGAUGUCCUAGGAAAUGCUCUCAAUGAGAUCGUAAUCCCCCAGGGCAUGUAUGAGGCCCACGCGGAGACGAGAGGAAAUCGACAAGAAGUCAGAUGCGGACAGGAAGGUUGGCUAUUGAGGAUAUGCAAUUUCUUCUCGCUUUGCGUCAAGCAGGCACGUUUCAUGGACGGCCAGCAACAAGGCGUAGUGCAGCAGAUGGAGAUGUGCGCCAUUAAAGCUCUGAACGCGCUCAGGCCGACUAUGGCUUGGGUCAGCUUGAAGGGAGCCGACGAGGUCAAGUGUAUUGACUGCUUGUUCCUGCCCUUCCACACCAGGAGUGUGGCACUACAGACCGCGGCUGUCGAGGUGCUGUAUGCCCUACUACAGAGACCUUACAACCAGCAUUUUCAGGAAGUCUGGACUGCACUAUUCAGACAGGCGAUGAAGCCCGAACGAGUGGCGAUGAUACGACAGGCCUUUGAGGCGACUGUCUCUGGACCUGGAGAGGACGAAGAAAAGUACACGCUACAAAAGAAAAUGUCGGAAUUACUCUAUGUAUAUGGAGACUCUGUCGCCCAGCACCCAGAAGUGCUGGAUGAUACGAUUGACCUUCCGGCACUGUUUGACCUGCUUCUGCUUGUCCUGCAGCACAAAAGCUUGAAAGUGUCGAUACCGGUCUUACACGUCUGGACCAAGCUGCUCAGCGUGCAGGAGGACAAGGUGGUGGAUCUAGUCCUGGAUGCACUUGCUACUUUGAUGCACGUGUGUAGUGAGCGACUCAUACGAUACGAGUCCAUUCCCGAGGAGACUGAAGACGAAGUCUUAGCAUAUCUUGGAGACGAUUUCGACACCAUACCAGAACGCCAUGCUUUCCUUGGGAACUACCGACGCUACUGCACACUCAUCAUACAGUCAAUCGCCCGCUUCCGACCCAUCGACGCACUUUCAAUAGUAUUGAAUCAGAUGCAAUCGUUGCUGGAGGAAGGCCCAUACACUCAAGGACGAGGUUUCGAUCCUUCCAAGUAUGAUAAGAGCUCUAUUCCGAACCUGAAAUUUGAUGCCCAGUACAACGUUGUUGCAGCAGCACUCAAAGGAUAUUCUUCAUGGAUUGGCGAUGUGGCAGACAUUACCCCAGAGCAGCCACUCUAUAUCAAGGUACAAGAGGAUCAGCGACAGGCGACGGAAUCAUUGCAGCAAUGGUGUCAGGGCAUGGCAAAUGUGCAUACCGAUAAUCCUGGCGUUGCUGACCAAGUUCUUGCGACACUGGUGGCUGUGCUUAGGACGCUCAGAUCACCAGUGCAGAGCUUCGUUCUGGCAAUGGUGCAACAUCUGCUGACCAUGAGGCUGUAUGAUCAACCACAAUUCAACACGUUCUCGGAGGCUGUCAAGUCUUUUGAAGCUCUCCGAGUCGUUGAACUGCAGAAGCUGGCUCUAGCUUUUCCAAAUGUUCUUUUAGAAGUUUACAAUGAACUUGAGCCUAGAGUCACCGUGCUCAUGGAGAAGCACAAUGAUGACCAGCGGCUCGUGUGGGGUUUCAGAGCUUUCCUGUUUAUGAUUGUGCAUCGCGCAACAGGCAUCCCAAACGAUGUCCGCGUGACUCGCUUGCAGCAAAUGCUUCAGCCGACGUACGAUGCUUGGACGGAUUCAAGGCUCAAGGCAUCUGUGGAGACCUUCUCAAGCUUUUGUGAGACUGUCGGAUUGGGCAAUAUACAAGACUUUUAUAGAUCGCAUGGCUUUGAUCGAAUAUCGGACUGGUCAUCUCAGAAUCUGGAUGACGCAGGAGUUGCUCGACAAAAUCAGAUCAAGGAGCUUGCGGAUCAGUUACCCCUUCGCAUUACCAAGUCUAUGCUCACUGCUUCAACCGAGAAGCUCAAAAGUGGAUCCGAUGAGUAUUCCAAUGCAUCGGAGUUGUGGAGCAAUAUCACGCCGGUCGUCCUCCCGACGCUGCUGAAGUUGAUACGACAUGCGCAGGCCUUUCAUAACAUGGAAAAUUGGUCCCAUCUUCCAGACGAGCUUCAAAUGGUCGUCAGGCGCACCCUCCAAGAUCGCUUCUGGCAGUCUGGCAUCUCCAAUGAGAGUAAGGAUGAGUUCUAUGCCCGCAUCUCAGGCUCCAAGACUUCCUAUGAAGGCUUUGCCAGCACGGUUCGCGGGACCAUGCGCAACAUUCGCGAGAUGGGAUACCACAUCGUCUACCUUAUGACUAAAUUCGACGAGCAGUUUUACGGGGUUGACAGCCUCGCAGAACCUCUAGCCGAUGCCCUUUUCACCGACGCUGGAAGUCUGAGCACCAACCAUCUCCACCCUCUCAUCAAUCUCACUACUGGACUAGUUCAGCGAUGUCCACCACAGUAUCGAGCUCGGUUCUUACCUCCGAUUCUACGUCGCCUCUUUCUUGCCCUGGACGACAAGAUCUCAUCUGAAUGGGCUUCUCUAGAGCAAGCUGCUGAACAAAACAAGAAGAAAGACGAUGAACUCAGCGACGAGAUGCGAACAGAAAGCGUCCUACGUCAACUCACCUUUAGCAUGGUAUCCUUCGUCCCAUUCCUGCUCGAGUACGAUCGUACGCAACCUCAAGCGAAUGGUACCAUCAAUGGCGCAGCUGUCCAUCUCCCAAGUCGCCAAUCAUUAUCCGACCUCAUUCUCUCGGACGCCACCGUCCUCGAGCCUUUGAUAUUGUUCUGUACCCACGCCCUCCGCAUGCGGGAUGGCAGGUGUUGCAGCAUGAUCUGCAAAGCUUUCAGGAACCUCAUCCCGCUGUUCUCACACACCACACAAUCCUCCUCUUCGCCAAUAUCUGUCGAGACUGCGGCUCAAGUUCGGGAGUUCAUCUCGAAUGAAGUCCUGAAAGCUUGCAUCACGAGCUUGAACGAUCGCGGGUUCGUAGAUAUGCAGAAGGACCUCGCAGCUCUGAUCGCAAGCAUCAUCAACCUCUACGCCUCAAAGACUCGCACCCCACGACAGCUCCUCCUCAGUCUCCCGGACAUGGCCGAGACCAGAGUCGACAAAGCCAUCGCGCGCAUCUCUCGCGGCGGGAACGAACGCCAACAACGCGCCAUCGUCCUCGAACUUCUGGAACGUGUGAGAGGCGUCAGUAUUCACGAGAUGGGCAAAUUUGACAAAGUCAAGACGAGCAAGGUCCAAGACAGAUAUACCACUACUAUGAACACCAUGGAGGUUGAGAAACAGCCCGAAGCAGCUACUGAGGAUGGCGCCCUCGAUGGUGUGGCAGGAUUGUUCGGGAAUGAGGGCUAGGAGCCUCCUCAAUCUCAGAAUGCUUUCCCACCGCAGAAGGUUGUGUUACCGCUGAAGUAUCGGGGCGACGAGCAGAGGUGGAGAGCGAGACAGGCUGAGAUGGCUAGGGCUGAGGAAAUUGAGAAGAGGUUGUGGGGUUCGACGAGAUGAAUUGCGGAUGAUUGAGACGUGAGACGUUGAAACGGCCUUGUCCUUUUUUGGGGUGGUUUUUUUUUCUUUCGAUUCGUGCGAGAUGGUGAUUGAUGCUCACGCAUGCAUGAGAUACCCUUUUGGAACAGAACAUGGAUUGUGUAUUGUAAGGUAAGGUAGCGUUUGAUGGAAAUUAGGUCAAGUAAGUACUU